AAGCAGAAUGGCUAGCAAUAGCAUCUCGUCUACGCCGGGGCUCAACCAAACAGGGAGUGAGGACUGGGAAUCCCUCCAGCCUGGAGAACAACUCCGUUGGGCCGCACUGCUCAUUCUUCUGGUCAUCAUCCCCACCAUUGGUGGAAACAUCCUGGUCAUUCUGGCAGUGUCACUGGAGAGAAAACUGCAGAACGCCACUAACUUCUUCCUGAUGUCUCUGGCUGUGGCCGAUCUACUGGUGGGACUGCUAGUCAUGCCUAUCGCUCUGGUGACCGUGCUAUUUUACUCCAGAUGGCCCCUUGCAGAUUUCCUGUGCCCUAUCUGGCUCUUUCUGGAUGUCUUGUUCUCAACUGCCUCCAUCAUGCACCUGUGUGCCAUCUCCCUCGACCGCUACAUUGCAAUCAAGAAACCAAUCCAGCACAGCCAGUACAAGUCCAGAGCUAAAGUGCUGGCUAAAAUCGCACUGGUCUGGCUAAUCUCUAUAGGUAUUGCAAUACCUAUUCCAAUCAAAGGGCUACAAGUCUUCGACCAUCCAAACAACAUCACCUUCAACAACAACCACACCUGUCUGCUGUCGCCAGAAGGCUUCGGGGACUUCAAGGUGUAUGGGUCUUUGACAGCUUUCUUUAUACCUCUUACAAUUAUGAUGAUUAUCUACUUGCUGACAAUCCAAGUACUGCGCAAGAAGGCCUUUCUUUUGAGAAUGGGAGCUACAAGGCCCAGCAUUUCCACCAUCUUCCACCAGGAACUACCGGUUCUCUCUUCACCUGUGAAAGUGGCCAAUGCAAAUGGAAUUAAAAGGGACCGAACACUGCGUCCCGUCACAAGGGAUGAGGUCCCUCUCCGCAGGAUGUCCACCAUAGGAAAGAGGUCCAUGCAAAACUUGAGCAAUGAACAAAGGGCAUCAAAGGUUCUGGUGAUUGUAUUCAUGUUGUUUGUUGUAAUGUGGUGUCCUUUCUUCAUUACCAAUGUGACUUCUGUACUCUGUCAAGGGUGCGACAGUAAUCUAGUGGAGCAACUGUUGGAUAUCUUUCAAUGGGUGGGCUACGCUUCGUCGGGAAUCAACCCCCUGGUUUAUACACUGUUCAACGGGACGUUCAGGGAGGCCUUUAAGCGCUACAUCACAUGUAACUACAGACGUGUAGAGACUCCGAAAAUGCAAAGGAGAAGCAGAAUUACUUUUCGGUCAUCGGUGACCGAAAACUCAAAGCGGUUUAUGAAACACGGUAUGAAGAACGGAGUCAGCCCUGUAAGUUAUCAGAGUCCUCUCCGGCGUCGUCCCACGAACCUGCAGACCUCUGCAAACAUCACACUGGACAUUUUGCUCCUGACGGACAAUGAAGACUGCAAACCUGACGAACACAUAAGCCACGUGUAGUAUAUCUGAUGCCAUGUUAGAGAUGUGUCAGUCUUUCAGUGCCAAAAGGCCACAAGUUCUCAUGGGAACCCAUGAGAUGUGGUCUAAAAGGAGUCCAGAAGGACUGCAUAAAAUGGUCAUGGCCAAUGUAAUACUCCAUCUUAAAGUCUUGGAUUGGGAGAUAGAAUAGCACAUAAGAUGAAUGUCUAAGAACCCCCAAAAGACAAAAAAAUUGCUUUGGGGAGUGAAAGUAAUGGCCAGCCUAAUAAUUGGCAGUACUGUGAAAAUAAACAGUACUUACGGCAAAGAGAGGACUGUUUUUGCACAUCCCAAAGUUAGUAGACAGGGUCUACAAUGUGAAGCCAAAAUUAAGCCUUGUCAAGAUAAGCACAAGUCUCAAAUUAAUCACACCUCCACUUACCUUCUGUAUACAAGAAAAGUAAUAAAUGCUUCACUAAGUUAUGGCAGGUCUUUUUUUUACGUCU